AUGGCUUUCGACGACGACGACGGUAACACCAACGUUUGUCUUCAUCUUUUACUAGGUUCCCCCUCCUGUACCCCAUCUUGCUGCUGUGAUGAGAGUGAGAAACAAAUUGCAAAGAACCACAAACGUAAGUACCAAGAAACCAAAAAACAGAAGACAUGCAAGGUUGAUGAUCAAUGGGAGAUCAAGAAGGUGCUUGAGACGAGUGAUAUCUGUAAGCAUAAGACAAGGCUUUUGUUGAAUAAGGAUUUGGCUGAGAAAUUUGUUGUUCCGGUUUUGUUGGAUGGUGCUGCAGCUGAUUUCGGAAAAGGAGGAGUCCAAGUUCAAGUCUGGGACAUUGACACCAAAUCUCCUCAUUCUGUAGUUUUCAAGUAUUGGCCUUCGGCAAAAAGUUACGUCUUCACCAAGACUUGGACCAAAGAGUUUGUUAACAGAAGGGAACUCAAGAAAGACGAUCAAAUCGCUCUUCGAUGGGAUCGAAACAACCAACGAUUUGAUUUCUCCGUUCUUAAAAAGCCUUAG